GAUCCAGCUGCUGCCCCCGCGCGUAAAUGGAAAGCUUUUACGCACCGCGCGUGUUCACUUCAAAAGAGAUUUAAUUGUUGUUUUUGCAUUGUCACACGCCUCGCCUGGUGCGUAAGUAGGCCUGGAGCACUGAUGUGCUGUAGAGAUGUAAGGGAUGCGGUAAUACCUCACUACAUAAUACAGGGGGGUGGGGGGUAAAAGGCAAGGCGUGCGUCCGGACGCUCACCGCCAACUAAACGCGAGAGGGACUCAGACAUCAAUAACAUCUCGCUCAUCAAUAAGAAAUUUUGGAGUUAGACUGCUUAAUUAAAUAGUUUGCCUUGAAGGACGCUCCCUGAAUGUAUAAUAUCUAAUCUGAUGACCCCCAAUGGAGAACAUCUGAAAGAGGACUCUCCAGCAUCUCCAUCCACAGGAAAGCGGCUCGGCCAGACAGAUAACACGACUUGGAGAUAAUUCUUAUCUUUCAGCGAUGGCUAUCAACACUGAUGCUGCCUUUGGGAAAAGCGCCCUUGGCGAGAGGGAAGUUUCCAACCUCACCGACUUCCAGGACACAGAGAAGCUGCUGAGCACCGCGACCACUGAGCCCACCGGGCAGAACAACAUCAAACCGUCCGACUCUUUUUCCCUCAACAUCAGAGGAAGCAUCCGGUCCCUGGAUGCUGACCAGAACGGACACAGAUCACCGCUAAAGUCGGGCUCCAUCGGGCAGCUGCCGACCCCACCCAAGUCCACGUCCCGGCUCAGCCUGGGCCCGCUGCCCUCCCCGGUGCCACCCGGGUCCGAACCCCCGAGUUACCUCUGGCUCGCCGUGCUGUCCUGCUUCUGCCCCGCCGUGCCGCUCAACAUGUGCGCCCUGUGGUACGCACAUGUGUCGAGGUCUGUUCUCCACACAGGAGAUUUUCAAGGAGCGAGGAAGUAUGGACGUCUAUCUAUGCUGCUCAGCAUUCUGGCGAUGCUGCUGGGUGUGGCUGUGAUCGUCUUCAUAGUGUACACUAUAGAGCUCCAGCAGUGAUGGAAGGAGUUUCCUUUGACUUCAUCUGAUCUCAAAUUUGCACUUGAGAGAGAGGAGGACGGAUGUCAUUUUGAAGAGAAAAAAAGCACAAAAUCUGAGUUGAAAACAAGCUGAAGAGACUCUAAAGUACAAGUUAUUGUUUUGUUUUGUUUUUUUGCUAUGGACUUUAAAAAAAAGAAGGAAAGAAGGUGCAGGACGUUUCACUUUUUCUGGCAACACUGAUGCCCAACAACCCCAGAAAACUCAGGAAUCAAGGAAGGAAAAUGAACAGAUAGUUUCCGACUAUCAGUGAGCUCAUUAGUGGUGCACUGAAGCUCCCACCUGCCUCACAGACAAUUAGAUGGCCCUACAUUUACUUAUUUAAAAAAACUUCGGGCACCAUUAGAGGAGAGGAUGCCUCAAAGACGCAUAAUAACAUUUUAACAUUGUGUGAAGACUCAGUUAAAUGCAUUUCUUUGUGUUCAGACAUAAACAAAAGGCAUCAAAAGUCACCACUGCCUGCCCUGUUUCCUGUCAAUAACUGCAACAACGUACGGACUGACUUCUCUUUUUGUUCACUGGACUUUUUAGCGGCUGUGGAAAGACGUGUAAGCUGUUUUCAUACACUGUUUACAAGAAGUUUAGAACACACGUAUGUUCAUCUGUGGUCAUAGUGUGACAUCUUGCUUUGCGUGCUAACAUGAUAAACUGAUUCCUGUUCCGGCUCCACUGAAGUGUGUGGAUCCCUGAAACCUCAUUAUGUUUACAAUAUACUGCAAGAUAUGAACGGGGCUGCUCCCCUCCUUGUAUGCACCAAUCUCGGCACUCUGAUGUUCAUGUUUAUACAUUUAUACUGUAUGACUGGUUUACUGUGCCAUAGUUCUUGCAUGUCUGAAAUAAACUUGAAUGAGCAUGACCAACCUGAA